CAUGAGCUCGCGCGUCAAGUGCACUGCUGGUGCAUUAAUUGUGAAUCAGGGUUUCUUUUAACUUUGUCUUCUUUUACUGGUAAAUGAAAGGUAUAUAUUACCUUUUGUGUAAAAUCUUAAUCACAGGCAGAAUAUCCGACGAAUGACUGUGAUCUGGUGACUUGCUGCGGGCGGAAGUGUUGUCGGUGAAGCAGAGAGCGGAGGGGCUCCAGCAUCACGUCCAGUGAGGCCAUGUCUGUGAAGAUGGAAAUGGACACGAGUGGAGUGUCCAGGACACAUGUCUCUAUUGUACCUGCAGCUGACAUUAAAGCCACUUUGAAACCAGAGGCAGAACGACCUCGCUGUGCCAGCACCCCAUCUUCGCCUAUCAGAAGUACUGUUGCAGGAUACCAGAUCCUCCACAUGGACUCAAACUAUCUGGUGGGUUUCACCACUGGUGAGGAGCUGCUCAAACUGGCCCAUAAGUGUUCUGAAAGUGGAACAGAAAAGGGAGUCAUGUCAGAUGGCAGACCUAGCUCCAUUCCCAGCCCUGUGCCUAAGUCAGUGGAUUUAGGGAUCCAUCGUGCUUCACAAAUCUUCAAAGCCAAAAGCCGUUACUACCAACCGUACGACAUCCCUGCUGCCAAUGGACGGAGACGGAGGCGUAUGCCCAGCUCCGGUGAGACCUCCCUCAAGUCUCUGAGCAGUGGGGAGCGAGUUAGAGGUCUCCAUGGAACAUUACCCCUGUGUUUGCUCAGAGGUAAGAGGGCCCAAUCCAAAUCUCUGGACUACCUCAACCUGGACAAGAUGAGUUUCAACGAGUCUGCAGAUACUGAUGUUUUACAGUACCAGCUGCAGCACCUCACCCUCCGUGGAGAGUGCUUAAUCACAAGGAACAAGACAUAAAAGCACAGUUGAACGCCUUUGUGGUCAGGAUUGUGGUGCUGUUUUUAGUGCUGCUUCUUUCUACUCACAUCAUAAGCAGCUCUUUCAGGCAAGCAAACCUGCCGCGUUCACACACCCCUUACGUACUGAGCCCAAAAAGCUUACAUUGUUACUGACUUUAAGGGGGUUAAUCAGCUUCAAAAUGUGAACUAUAUAAACCUUAGCAAUAACUAGUGAUGUUAUUUAGUUAGUGGCGUGUGGUAUGUAACAGUCAGAGAUGCACCGAUACAUUAUCCUACAAUCAAUAUAAGCACAUAUCAGCUUUAAAAUCUUAUCGACACUUUGGC